AUGCAGACGAUGAUGGAGAUCGGUGGCAAUGGCACUACUUCUCAAAUACACUGUCCAUUUGCCUUUGCUUGUGAGUGGCUGGUGUUCUUCUCACCAAUGACUGGUGUAGUUGUCACAGUGCAUGAUGGUUAUUUUGUGCGAAGAGGGAAGAAUGGUGGUUGUGGGUUGUACUGUGGUUGGCAGAUUUACGACAACUUCGACCACCUUCCCGCUGAUCAGCGAAAUUGGCGUCAAGGUGACGCAACACGGGUUGAAGCCAUGGACGGAGUGAGUUGCGCAGGCCACUUUGCUAGUCGCAUGUGGACUAAGAAUGGAGCAACUGUGCUGGGAAGAACAGGAGCAGCGUCCUCGAAGCCUUCACCUGUAGUCGAGAGGAGAAUGAUUCCAUUUGGAUAA